GCGAGGCGGGCACGAGGAGGGCGCUUCCCGCCCUUUUCUUCCGCCCCUGAGGGCUGAGGGGGAGGCGGCGUCCGUCCGGAGCGUCAACCCAACGCAUUCAUCGGGCACCGGGGUGGAGACCGGCUGGACUCGGCGUCGCUGAAGGAGCUGCGGGCCGGAGUGCGGCCGGGGAGAGGGAGAAGGCAGGGCAAACUGCUGCCAUUUGUCUUCGAGAGGGCCUCAAGCUGGCCAUGCCUGACUUGUGAAAACGUAACUCAUCCUGAAACGCAAUGUCCCUGCUGUUUACUCGUUCCAACUCAAUAGUUGCAGUGAAGAAGGAUAAAAGACACAUGGCUGAGGUAAAUGCUUCUCCACUUAAACAUUUUGUCACUGCAAAGAAGAAAAUCAAUGGUAUCUUUGAACAGCUGGCUGCAUACAUCAGCGAGAGCUCCUUGUUCCUGGAAGAAACACACAAGAAUGCAGAGCUUGACCCUGUCACCACAGAAGAGCAGGUGCUGGAAGUCAAAGGCUACCUGUCAAAAGUCAGUGGUAUUAGUGAGGUGUUGGCAAGACGACAUAUGAAAGUUGCUUUUUUUGGGAGGACAAGCAAUGGGAAGAGCACUGUGAUAAAUGCCAUGCUGUGGGAUAAAGUUCUUCCUUCAGGAAUUGGACACACCACGAAUUGCUUCUUGCGUGUAGAAGGGACGGAUGGACGUGAGGCUUUCCUGCUGACCGAAGGCUCAGAGGAAAAGAAGAGCGUUAAGACAGUAAACCAGCUGGCUCAUGCCCUUCAUCAGGAUGAACAUCUGAAUGCUGGCAGCCUAGUCAGUGUAAUGUGGCCCAAUUCCAAAUGUUCUCUCUUAAAGGACGACCUGGUGCUGAUGGACAGCCCUGGCAUUGAUGUAACCACAGAGCUGGACAGCUGGAUCGACAAAUUCUGUCUCGAUGCUGAUGUAUUUGUCCUGGUGGCAAAUUCUGAAUCAACAUUGAUGCAAACUGAGAAGCAGUUCUUUCACAAGGUGAAUGAGCGUCUAUCUCGACCCAAUAUAUUUAUUUUAAACAACAGAUGGGAUGCAUCUGCCUCUGAACCAGAAUACAUGGAAGAGGUGCGCAGGCAGCACAUGGAGCGCUGCACCAGUUUCCUGGUGGAUGAGCUGGGUGUGGUGGAUCGAGCCCAGGCAGGGGAUCGAAUCUUCUUUGUGUCUGCAAAAGAAGUGCUGAAUGCCAGGAUUCAGAGGGCUCAAGGGAUGCCAGAAGGAGGUGGAGCAUUGGCAGAUGGAUUUCAAGUAAGAAUGCUUGAAUUUCAAAACUUCGAGAGAAGGUUUGAGGAAUGUAUCUCACAGUCAGCAGUAAAAACAAAAUUUGAGCAGCACACAGUGAGAGCGAAGCAGAUUGCGGAAGAUGUUCGUCUCAUCAUGGACUCUGUGCACAUUGCUGCCCAGGAACAGCGAGUUUACUGUCUGGAAAUGCGAGAGGAACGUCAGGAUCGUCUAGGUUUUAUUGACAAACAGCUGGAGCUCCUUACUCAAGACUACAAGCGGAAAAUCAAACAAAUCACGGAAGAGGUGGAGAGGCAGGUGUCAAAUGCAAUGGCAGAAGAAAUCAGACGGCUCUCGGUGUUGGUAGAUGAAUACCAAGCAGACUUCCAUCCAUCUCAAGUAGUUCUUAAAGUGUACAAGAGUGAGCUGCAUAAACACAUCGAGGAAGGGCUGGGCCGUAACAUGUCAGAUCGUUGCUCCAGUGCUAUCACAACUUCCCUGCAGACAAUGCAGCAAGAAAUGAUAGAUGGUUUAAAACCCCUCCUCCCAGUCUCUAUGCGGGGCCAGAUAGACAUGUUAAUUCCUCGGCAGUGCUUCAUGCUCAGCUAUGAUCUGAACUGUGACAAGCUUUGUGCCGACUUCCAGGAGGACAUAGAAUUCCAUUUCUCUCUUGGAUGGACAAUGCUGGUGAACAGAUUUUUGGGACCAAAGAAUGGUCGUCGGGCCUUGAUGGGCUAUAAUGACCAGGUUCAGCGCCCUUUAACACCAGCAAAUCCCAGUCUGCCUCCUUUGCCUCAGGGUUCUAUGACCCAGGAAGAACUCAUGGUGUCCAUGGUGACUGGACUGGCCUCUUUAACUUCCCGAACUUCCAUGGGCAUCAUCGUGGUUGGUGGUGUGGUCUGGAAGGCUGUGGGUUGGAGAUUGAUUGCUCUCUCUUUUGGCCUUUACGGGCUGCUCUAUGUGUACGAGCGCCUCACCUGGACCACCAAAGCGAAGGAGAGAGCGUUCAAGCGGCAGUUUGUGGAGUACGCUGGGGAGAAACUGCAGCUCAUCGUCAGCUACACGGGCUCCAACUGCAGCCACCAAGUCCAGCAAGAGCUUGCUGGAACGUUUGCUCAUUUGUGUCAGCAAGUGGAUGUCACACGAGAGAAUCUUGAGCAAGAAAUUUCUGCCAUGAACAAAAAAAUUGAAGUUUUGGAUUCCCUGCAGAGCAAAGCAAAACUGCUCAGGAACAAAGCAGGUUGGCUUGACAGCGAGCUCAACAUGUUCACACAUCAGUACCUGCAGCAAAGCAGAUAGUGUGAGGAGAGAAAAACAACAGUUUCCCUUCAGUGCUCUCUUAAUUACUGCAGAGAACAUGGUGGGUGAUGGAAUUCUCUAAAGGGAAUGAGCAAGAGCAUAUUGCUGUGUUUCCAGUUGCUGUGUGAACAGUAGGAUUCUGCUUCCCUGUUCUGUGUCCCACCUCUAAACACUAGCUGUUAAUAACUUUUUUUUUCCUUGUGAGACCAGGCUACUUCAGGAGGAGUGUGUGCUUUAUACAUUUACAGGGGGCUUAUACUGUACUUUGUUUUGCUUUAAACAAAUUUAAAGCAAUCAAGCAAAUGUUUACCAGGUUAAAAGUUAUUUCUGACACGUCUUUAUGGAGUCAUUUGUUUUACUUCAUAAAGACAGAACUUUUGACUUCCAAGCCCCAGGUUGAUGUACGUGUGACAAGCAGCUGUUUGACUAAACACAAGUCCCAUGCACACAGACGUGAUGGUGGUUUCACAAAGCAUUUAUGGCCCACACAGGCUUGUCUCUGAGGUUAAUAUUCAGUUAUUCUAGAACAUUACAGAAAAUCACAGUAUCCCUUCAUAGAAAGGUUUAUUGCUCUCAGGAUGCUUAAACCUGUGAACAAAACUCAGUUCUCUUUUGGAGCAAGAGGGAUUAAGAUUUUGGUUUGGUAAGCUUAAUGAAUUUGGAGUUAGUUUCUUCCUCGUAAGAGCUCUUUAAUAACACAAUCUGGCCUGUUUCCUGUCAUGGACAAAUAAUUUGCAAAGACAGAAACUAGUUCCUGUGAAGGAGAUAGUGCUGAUAAUUUGGCAGCUUGUUGAGGAAGAAAACUAGGAAAGAGAAGACCGUUGACGCAAUGUAAAGCACGACAUUAUGAGGUCAGUUGAUGAAUGUGGGUUUUCUUUGGAAAAGCACAGCUUGUGUUUCUGGAAGCAUGCCUGUGGAAUUCCAUUACCACUAUUUGGCCACAAGAACAGCAUGUGGAUUACACACUGUAAGAGAUGUUGCUUCAUUUAGAGUUCCCACAGAAUGUUACAGUCUGGACAGCAAUAGGAUUUGAUGUGUUUCACUUCUGUUAAAAGUAUCAGAACAUGCUGGCAAGUACAGCUCUUCUGGGAUGGGGAGGGAGUUGUGGCUCUUGUAGUUCAUGCCAGGGCAAGAAUGGAUUUAAGCAACUUAGCUUUUUUCAAUACAUUCUUUAUUUGCAAAUACAUUAAAUUAAUUGUUGAGUUUUACCCUGAUGCAUUUGGAAUAUAAUAUUUGGGAAUUGUAAGGACUUGAAUCUCUUCCUGUUGGAAUUGAUAGAGAAGAAAUUCUUGCUGAUUUUAGGAGCCUGAGUAGGAUUAAGUUCCUCUACUACAAGCUUCUUUUCCUCGUUGUGGGUCAGUAUUUUGCCAUGUGUUGGUUAUAACCUUUCUGUUGCCUACAAAAUGUCUGAGGAAUCCAGAAUAAGAUCCUGUAGUUCUAAGGUUAGUGGCAACCUAAAUCUCUUCAGCAUCACACACAUGAAAUAUGAGUUGUCUUUUGAGCAAGUACCAGCUGAAUUCAGAACUACUGAGCAGUGGGGUGUUUUUCUUGUCAGAGUCUUUUCCCUUGAAAAUGGCUUUAGGAGUUCCAGAAAGAAGCUGCCUGAUACUUGAGGGAGUAAAAAUAGUGAAAUGUCAAUAAGUACUUCUUAGGUAAGGCUGUUCUGAGAUUUGCAGAAAGACUUGAAGUAUCUUGAUUGUGUAGGAGCUGGCAGUGAGACUCUUACAUCCCUAGGAUGCAGAAAGGAAACAAACCUUUCUUUCCAUUAGAAAACUUUGACUCCAACUCAAACUGAAUCUAUCAGAAGGGGGUUUUUGACCUUGACUGGGUUCCUCAGGCAUCCACCAGGAUAGGAAUAUAGAUUUGAUCAAAUCUGAGAAUGAACAAGAAAGAAAUUUGAGUCCUUGCUUCUGGAAGUGUGUACUCUGAGCUUGUAGUGGAGUAUAUUGAACUAAGUGGAAUCGUCUAGUCUUACUCUGCUGCAGGUCUUCAUUGAAUAAAUUUGAAUCUUUAGUCUCUCAAGCUGUCACCUACACAGUUAUAAUAAGCUAUGUUCUGUUCUAUUGAGUUAAAAUAUUAAGCACAUCUCUAGCACACAAGGAUAUUGUCAAUUCCAGGUCAAGGCGGAGGAUGAUGUACUACUGCUCAGCAGCUCACGACUACUUGAAAUGCUGAUCGUGCUUUUGAAAAGGUAGUGUUAGCAUUUCUUCUGCGGGCCUUUAGGGGAAAUCUGAUAAAUGAGAUGAUCUUUAAGCCAGUAUCUUAUCUGUGAAGGGAAAAGAGAUUGAUGGGUUCUCAGAACCACGUGUCUUGCUGCCUUGUGUGUCUGACUCUGCUCAGGCCCGGGUGCUGCCAGCAUUCUCACUGCAGAGCUGAAGCCUAACCUACAGAAUGACGAAAGAACCACUUGAACUUUCUCAGAAGCAAAGCUGCUAACAUGUGUGGUGUAACGCUUGUCCUGGAAGCCCAAGUGAUCAAGAAUCAAACUUUUAACAGACUGGCCUAUAAGCUGGAUUCCUCUGAAACAAAUUACAGCUGUACUUCUUUAAUUGAGAGUGGUGGAAGAAUUGAACACUAUCAUGAGGAGUUUGUUCUCUUCUGAGUCUCAUAAAGAAUGCUAAACUAUUCCUUAAAACAGGUAAUUCCAAAAACUUACCCAAACUCCCAUUAAAGAAGGUCAGCUAAAUGCACUUUCAUCUUAUUGCUGCUACUUACUUUUGCUAUUCCUUAGGUUGAUGGAGCUCUUCGAAAUACUCUUACCAGUGAGUUUUCUCUCUGCUGUAUUUAAGGUGAUAAAUUUGCAUGAGUUAGUCCUGUAACAGUGCUGUAAACAAUGGAAACCAAAAUAAAAAUGAAUUGGGAAAACA